AUGCCUACUCUUGGAUUUAAUAAUGGUAAUACUAAUCAGUCUUACAUGAAAAUAGAUAUGUCCAACAAUUUUGUUGGGCUAUCGACUAUUGACUCAACAGUGGUCUACUUUACAGCACAAAGCUUAUGGAUUUUCAAAUGUCACAGAGAAAAUGAGACACCUUCUCAUUAUGGGACUGUUCUGAAUGUCCAUCAACAACAGAUGUCACCAGGUGAUGGUUAUGGGAGUAGCACCACUGAUUCUUCUCGAACCGAAAACAUUUAUGUUCCUACAACCUCAAAUACAUCAAUGAUGAAUAAUCAAAGUUCCUGCAUCAGAUUUUUGCAAACUUUCUUGAUGUAUCUAAACUGGAUGAUGGUGAUGAAACUAAACUCAGGUUCUAAGGGAACAGUUCUGAAUGCAAUAACAAUUGCAUCCAGAUCAUCUGCAACCCCAACAAAGGCCUGA